AUGGGGAAAAGACUGCGUGCUUGCGAAGCUUGCCAUAACCUCAAGGCUAAAUGCGAGCCCUCGAUCAACGAUCCCAGCGUCUGUGAACGAUGCACACGGUCUAAUCUCAUUUGUGUCCCUGCGGCUAGACGAUGGCAAAGAGAUCGGAUCGCGGAGCUGGAGGAGCAAGUUAAGAACCUACAGGAGAGACUGGAGACAGCCGAGUCUUCAGCAUACAGACAUGGAACCUCGACAGUGACGACGCCUGUACCAUCUGGGAGCACUUGUCUCGCAUUCGUAGAUGCACAUCUUGAUCACGAAUCUCAGAUAAGAUCUCUUGAGGCGUGCUCAAUCGCUGUUCGAUCAUUUUGGCCCAUCAUUCCCACGCUCAGCGGUAGUUCGACAAGAUCUUGGCUGGAGUCUUUGAGAACAGAAACGCCUAUUAAGCUCGCCGCGAUGUUUGCUUUCACAUUAUCGCCCACCAGCACCACUAUCGAUUCCCAAUCUCAAGAUGAAUUGCGAACUAGACUGCUUGAAAUCCUCGGUUUAGUUGCAGUCGGUCUCGAGAAGCCCUCACACGAUUUGAUCCAGGCUGCGCUGGUAGCUGGCUUAUGGACAAAGCCUUCUCUGGAUGGCAAACACGCGAAUAGCACCCAGCUUGUUACAUUAGCACAAGAUCUCGCUUUGGAUUUUGGCUUGGGGCGCCCAUCCAUACGGAGCUCUCCAGCAGCAUGGUUCUUCCGUCUUCAGGGUGAUCCAACACUAGAGAUGCAGCAGACUUGGCUAGCCUCCUGGAUGGCUUCGACAAUGACAGCCAUCGGGCUCAGAAGAGUACAUGCCUUAGACUGGGGCUUGUCUCACCAAGAUGCACUACACGCAUUGGAAGAGGAUCAUUUGGACCCUUUGUUCUUAGAGAUUCUCUACACUGUCAGGCUUCAUGCCGAAGUUGCUAAUGCCCUGGAACUCUGCCAUCUCCAUUCGUUCCAUGGUAUAGAGUCGGACAUUGUGAGGGCUACUCAAGCUGAUGCUCGUGGCAGACUGGACCAGCUGGGCAGCAGGCGACUCGCAAAGCACCCACAGCUUCGCUUUUUGCGCACGCUUGUGAUCAUUUACGUCAACGAGCCAGUACUACAUACUGAAACCAACAAGAUGCUCUUUGGAGCGCCGUAUCUUGCCGAGAGAAUCGACGUUGACGAGUUUGCCCGCCCCCCAGAAGUCACCAGGGCAGCCGAGGUAGCACUGCGGUCACUUGUGGAGGCAUGCCACAUUGUUAUCGAGCUGGUUCUGAAUAUGGAACCUGGAUUCAUCCUUGAUCAGCCAUCCCUAUGGUUUGGACCGGCAGUGAGCUACGCCCUUUCCGUUCUCGUCAAGACAUUCGUUGCAGUGACAGCGCCAGGCAACACGUACGGACAGGUACUAUCUCGGGACACGAUUCGCAUCAGAGAGGCAGUGACCAAUCUCAUGGUUGUCAACUCGUCUCUCCUGAAGCUCGAUCCCUACAUGGGUAACUGGAACACGAGGAUCAUAGGAUCUGUCGAAUGGCUUGGAACCUGGCUGGACGAUUACGAGGCCGUUAUAGAGAGGUAUGAGGCAAAUCUACAAAGGGAAGUCGCCGAGAGUGCGAUUGGAAGUCUAAGCCACAAUAGACAUUUGUAA